AUGGCUGCUAGCGGUAACACAAUCGAAAUGGCUAAAGUAAAACCUGUCUCCUCCAAUAGGAAUUCAAAAGCUGUGUCUGAGAAUGCAUCUGAUAAGAAUAUCACACCAACACUGGCCAAGUCUCAGCAAGAUGAGAAAAAAUGGAUCAAGACGAAUAUAAAAGUAAAAGAAUGUGCUCAUUUUGUGAAAGCUAAUAAUCAAGAAUCUUCACAAGAUCCUAAAUGUAAUUGUGGUUUGCGUAAGGGUCACCAUCGAGAUAAUCAAAAACAAGGCCAUGAGACACAUUGGAAGGCUCACAGUAUCCAUGCCAACGCCUAUGGUGAACUGGAAUUCGAUGAUGAUAACAACCAAGUUGCUAAGUUUGUGCGUGUAGGAGACUGUGAAGAAGGAGAAGUAAAAAGAAUUUUAGAUAAUCUCCUGAUAAAACACUGGAAUCUCCAGAAACCAAAUCUGUUGAUCUCUGUGACUGGGGGCGCCAAGAAUUUCGACAUGAAAGCCAGGUUAAAAGAAGUGUUCAGAAGAGGUUUGCAGAAAGCUGCCGAAAGCACUGGUGCGUGGAUUAUAACGGGGGGUAGUAAUGCAGGAGUAAUGAAAUAUGUAGGGGAGGCAAUUAAAGAGAUCAGUAUCUCAGAUGAGAAGAACAGGGUAGUAGCUAUUGGUGUGGCACCGUGGGGAUGUGUGAAAAAACGAGAUGAACUCAUUAAUUCUGAGGGAGUGUGGCCAUAUAAAUACAGUUUAAACGACGGAAUGAAAUCAGAUAAUCCAAAUGAGACUUUGUUAGAUCCGAAUCAUACUCAUUUCCUAUUGGUUGACAACGGCACACAAAAUAAAUGGGGUACUGAGAUCGCGUUUCGUUCGAAAUUGGAAAAGGUUAUUGCUAAAUUGAAAAGCACUAUGAAAACUGAUGACACAGGAACGGAGACUAAAGAUAUACCAGUAGUAUUAUUGGUACUACAAGGUGGUCCUGGAACUUACCAGACUAUACAUGGUGCCAUUAAAAAUAAAACACCCACUGUCGUAAUCAAGGGAACUGGUGGUGCAGCAGAUAUCAUAGCUCAAGCCUUUCAGAAAGCCAAACCAACAGAAGUUUCCAAAAUAGAUCAAUCUGGCAUCGAAAUUAAAGAAACAAUAAUGGAGUUAGAUGAUACAGCAGAAGGAGAUCUGAUAUUAAAAUUACAGCAAUCUUAUGAUAAGAACUCGAUACAAGAUUACAUGAAUAAAAUACGGGAGAUAAUUCAUAAUAAAGAUUUAUUAACCGUCUUUGAGUUAGAUUCCAGAAACUUGACAGUUGAUGUGGCCAUUUUAACUGCCCUAUUGAAAGCCAAUAAAAAUGAUGUUAUGGAUCAGUUGGAGUUGGCGUUAGUUUGGGAUAAAAUGGAAGUUGCCAAAAAUGAUAUUCUGGGAGAUGAUACCUUGGAUAGAAAGAAAUUAAACCUACCGGAGAAAAUGUUGACAGCUAUCGAGAGAAAUCGUGUGAGUUUUGUAGAUCUAUUUAUUGACUAUGGUGUCAACCUAAAACAGUUUCUAACCAAAGAAAAACUUCUCCAGUUAUAUAAUACAGAGAAGAUAACUAUGGCCCACGUCGGAGAAUUAUUACAAUAUUUAAUUGGAGAUUAUUAUCUCCCCUAUUAUUGUGAUAAAAACAACUCAACGUAUAACGAUGUAAAUAGUCCCGUACAUUCAGGUCUCCAGGCAAUGACUAAUUUACAUGUCAGAAUUUGUAGUGAAGAUAACUAUGCGUCAUUAAAGAUAAAGGUGGAUCAUCCUAUACAAGAUUUAUUUGUAUGGAGUGUAUUGAUGAACAGACAAGAAAUGGCCGAUCUAUUCUGGAAGGAACUUGAUGAGCCGUUAGCAGCAGCCCUGUUUGCUAAUAGUUUAUAUAAAGCUAUGAAUACCAGAUCAGAAGAUACAGAAAUAUCUCUUAAAUUACACCAACAUGCCGAAGAAUUUAACGAUAAAGCUAUUGGUGUAUUGAAUUCUUGUUACGAGAAAGAUGAGGUUAAAACUCAGGAGAUACUAGUUCGUCAAUUGAGAAACUGGGGCCAGACAACGUGUGUUAUAAUGGCAGUGCAGGCUGAUAAUAAACGCUUUAUAUCACAAACUGCCUGUCAAACUCUCCUCAAUUCUAUAUGGAUGGGAAAUCUGUCUCAAGAUAACAGUAUAUUCAGUGUUAUACCAAGUAUAGUUCUGUUCCCUCUGAUAUUAACACCUAUUGUUAAAUUUAAAGAUGAUGAAAUCGCGAAAGUCAUACCAGUUGGAGACAAGGAUAAAGAAGGGAACUCUUCUGACGGGGAGAAAAUAGAACAGACAGAACCACCCAACAGACAAAGCUCAUCUAAUAGUUUUAUUAUAGAUCCUAUAGAGGAGACAGGAAAUAGUCGGUUAUCAUGUUGUGAGAGAUUUUGGUACCGAUUAAAAACAUUUUAUUUGGCUCCGGCUGUUAUUUUUUAUCUCAAUGUGCUGACGUACCUGGUGUUUCUUGGUCUGUAUAGUUUCCAUCUGUUGAUAAGUUUUAAUAGAACAUUCACUAUACUAGAAGGUGUACUAUGUGGCUGGGUAGUUACUAUAUUUGUAGAAGAGAUUAGACAGAUGUCGUCUAAAACAGGACGAGUAAUUGUAAAAUCAUCUCGAACUAAGGUGAUAACGAGUAAUGCUACGUCUGUUGGUUCCAAGUUCAGGACCUACUUUACCGAUUAUUGGAAUAUCCUUGAUCUGAUGACGAUAUUCCUGUUUGCAUUUGGAAUAAUUCUAAGAUUUAUACCAAAUGACACAACAUUUGAAAUCGCUCGUGUAUCACUGUGCCUCAAUCUAAUUUCAUUUUACUUCCGUAUUCUUCACAUAUUCUCUGUCAACAAACAGCUCGGACCAAAACUUGUCAUGAUCAGACGGAUGGUUCAAGAUUUGAUGUCGUUUGUGGUCAUUUUAGCAGUGUUUAUAAUAGCUUAUGCUGUUGCUACGGAGGCCAUUUUGUAUCCCAAUACCGAAUUCUCAUGGAAGUUAUUCUAUCAUGUACCAAGGAAAGCCUACUGGCAAAUCUACGGUGAACUCUUCUUGGAGGAUAUUGAAGGUCAGAAUGAUUGUACCAAUGAUGCAGCUCUGUACAGAGAUUAUAAUCAACCAAGAUGUCCGUCUGAAGUUGGGAAGUUCGUGGCUCCAGUAUUGAUGGGAUUUUAUGUUUUAAUGACCAAUGUGUUGCUGCUGAAUUUACUGAUCGCCAUGUUCAGCUACACUUUCGAACUACUUCAUCAGAACACGGACAGUAUCUGGAGAUUUGCAAAUCUUCAAGUUGUGAUGGAAUAUAGCACCAGACCACCUUUACCACCUCCUUUUACUCUCAUACUGCACGUGAAAUAUCUUGUUCAUCAUCUCACUUCAUGUCACCAGUGUCCACCAGGAACUUCGCAUGGAUUCAGAAAAGUGUAUGAUAAAAAUGGUCAGUAUGAAAGACAGUUGAUACAAUGGGAAAGUGUAAUAGCUGAAGCUUAUUGUAAUAAAGCAGAACAAGCUUCUAUGGAGAGCAUCAAUCAGAGAUAUACCACAGUUCUUGAGAGUCCAUUAAGCAAUAUUAAUCAUGUUAUGGAGUAUGAUAUGAGAGAAUCAGUAACACUUCGUCUAGAAAGAUUCAAUGAUUUUGAGAGCAUCAACCAGAGAUAUACCACAGUUCUUGACAGGUUGGAGAAUGUAUCAUCUGGUAGAAUGAUGGAAUACCAGGAUGCACAGGGACAGGAUGCCAUUCCAACUCUCAUAGAAACCCGAUUUGAGGGCAUUGAGGAACAGAUCAAAAUAAGCCACAAUGUAUUAGACUGGAUCAUGAAGUCUCUUAUAGAACAUAAACUAGCAUCUAAAGAUGAAAGACCAGAGUUAGCUGAUGUUGAAGAAAGAUUACAAAAAGAAGAAAGAAAGAAAGCCAAGAAGAGAAUACGAAAUGAACAACUCAAGUUUUUCUUUAAACAAGGUUUUGAGGUUCAUGUAAAAUGCCGUAAUUCGACGUACCCUGAAACAAACAUCAUGAGAGCUGAAGUCAAAGAUGAUGAAGUUUGUUGGGCUAUUAAAAUGAAGAAAUAUAACCCGGUACGAUACACAGCACCCAAAAUAUUAUCCAAUCAAAAGACUUAUACUGAUAAAUAUGAUUUGAUUGACAUGCCUGAAAAUGAGAGAGAUAAAUAUGACUUUAAUAAAUUUGAUAUGGUAACUAAAGUAGAUAGAACCAGCCUGUGUGGAUUUCCCUAUGAAAUUUCUCACGGUCUACCCCUGAAUCCCAGAGGAAGAACUGGUCUGGUUGGGAGAGGAUUAUUAGGAAGGUGGGGACCAAAUCAUGCUGCUGACACUGUAGUUUCCAGGUGGAAGAAGGAUGGAGAUUUGCAGGAAUACAGAGAAAAGAAGCCUUGUUUAGAAUUUGUAGCUGUUCAAAGACCUGAUAAACAGUGGGCCAUACCAGGGGGCUUUGGAAACCCAGAUAAAAAAUUAGAGGAAAUAUUAAUGACAGUAUUUGCCAGGGAAGCUCUGGGUACUCUUAUGGAUGAUCCUAAAGAAAGACCUCUUUUACUGCAAAAAUUGAAAAAAUUGUCUGAGAAAGGCAGAGUGAUAUAUGAAGGGUAUGCUGAUGAUGAAAGAAAUACAGACAAUUCAUGGUCAGAAAGCAGGUUGAUUUUAUACCAUGAUGAUACCGGUGAAAUUCUAGAUAAUAUUAAACUCAGGGCUGGCGAUACCGUCUGUGCCACGGCCUGGAUCACUGCCUCCUCUACCAUGACAUUCUGGGGAGCCCAUGAAGAAUUUCUUCGUAUGGUCACUGAUGAUCUUAAAGCUCAUUUCAAUAAUAAUUCAGGCUGA